AUGACAUCAAAAAAUAAUGGAGAAGGACGGCAUGUUGAUAAUUUAGAAAAUUCAUCUUCCAACCAACAACCUUUUUUAUAUUAUGAUGAGUCUGCACGUUUAAUUUCUAAUAAUGAUGACCAUUCGGUAGAUGACUAUCAGGUAGCUCCUCCGAGAAAUUUUGACAAUAAUAGAAUGAAUGUUGGCAGGGAAGUUGAGCCAGUUACUGGAGGCGAGCUUUAUCCUCCACUUCAAAAUCCACAACUUACCAACACAACUACAGGUUCACCCACAAACACUCAUCAACUUUUAUCAACUCCAACGGUUACAAUAAAUACUGAAGCACAUGACAAUUCUACUUUUGACGAUAGUGAGGAUACUUCUGGUUAUGCGGGCCCAACAGUUCAAUGCCGUGUUUGUGAAUCUGAAAUAGUUUUGGACGGAAAGACUGGACAACAUGUUGUUCGUUGUUUGCAAUGUAACGAGGUCACACCAAUUCGUCCAGCUCCGCCUGGAAAAAAAUAUGUGAGAUGUCCUUGUAAUUGUCUGCUUGUAUGUAGAGCUAAAUCUACUCGAAUUGCUUGUCCUAGACAAAAUUGCCGACGUGUGAUUACUUUAGCCAGUAGUGGACCUCCGAAUACUGGAAUUCCCGGUACAGCUAUUCGAGCGCCUGUAGGCACUUGCCGUGUUCAAUGCGCUUAUUGUCAGGAAAUAUUUAUGUUUAACACACUUAACAAUCAAUUGGCUAUUUGUCCACAUUGCAGAAAAAGUUCCUCUGUCGGAACUCCUUUUGCCCGUUCUCGUUGUAUUCUCAACUCGAUUGGACUGUUUUUGGUUAGCCUAUUCUUGAUUGGUUUAAUUUUAACAAUUUCCAAUGGACAAGAUACUUUUUUUAUGUGGGCCUUUUUGGUUGCUUUGUUGUCUCUUUUCUUUUUUCUGAUUUAUCGACUAAUCUAUUUUUGGCGAAUUGGGAUUAGCCAGGUUUCUUUGAAAUUUAAUAAAAACUAG